CUCACUUCCGCUGUCUGUAAUGUCGGCUGCAGGAAUUUCAAACAAAAAAAAAAUCAAAAAUAUAUAAAGUUUAUUUAUUUAUUUUUACUUAUUAAUUGUUACACGUCGCGAGUUAAUGUUAAAUGGUGAAGUUAUUGACAGGUUAUAUUAAGAGUGGGAUCGUAAUUUCCGUUCAUGAUCGUCAGUCGACAGCUGUGGCCCCUCUUUGGUGGAAGAUAAGAUGUCGAGAGGAAAAUUAAGAAGUUGCGUCGAUGUUUGUGCCGAUUGCAAUGCCAAAGAUCCGACCUGGGCUUCUGUAAAUAGAGGGCUACUGAUUUGCGACGAAUGUUGUAGCGUGCACCGUAGUCUUGGAAGGCACAUCUCUCAAGUCAAGAGUUUGAAGAAAGGAGCCUGGAGUCCCUCUCAAUUGGCUAUGGUUCACACACUGUAUAGUAGCGGUGCCAAUUCUAUAUGGGAAUACACGCUCCUCGAUCCCGCUAACGUUAAGAGCGGGAGACGUAAACCUAAUCCCAAAGAUCCCGUACAUCCUUUAAAAGCUGAUUUCAUCCGUGCCAAGUAUCAAAAUAUGGCUUUUGUAUAUAGACCGAGUAGAGACGAAAGUCCCCAGUUAGACGAUAUAAAUAAGCAACUACAUUCGAGUGUAAGGACACCAAAUGUCGAAACCACGUUAAGGUUAUUAUCAUUAGGUGCUAAUCCCAAUUAUAAGCAUCCGGACAAAAAAAAUUCUCCACUUCACAUGGCGGCUAAGUGCGGACAGUCUUCCCAAAUUGAAUUACUGAUAGUUUACGGUGCUGAUGCCGCCGCUACUGACGAAGAUGGCAAAACGCCUGUCGACUAUGCUAGAGAUGCCGGCCAUCAUGAUUUGGCCAAUAAGUUAGUCGAAUUUCAGUUUGAAUUAACGGACAGGCUGGCUUACUAUCUUUGCGGUCGGAAACCAGAUCAUCAGUUUGGUCAACAUUUUAUUAUUCCUGAAAUGGCCGACAGGUUAGAGAAUUUGUUAUUAAAUGCCCUGUUUAUUUUAUUUUGUUUUGAAGUUAAAAUAAUAAUAUUUUAUAUACAGUUUAGACUNAAAAUUAAAACAAUAGAUGUCAUUAAUUAUCUUUGA